CUCCUUGUCUCCCAUUAGCAUCGGCCAGAUCCCAUCCUCCUCUUCUUCCCCACCCCGUCGUGCUCUCCACCCCUUCUUCUGGAAAACCUGGCUCGGAGCACCCAGGCUCUCCCCUCGUCCUCCCCACGACUGGCUCGUCCCCCUGGAAUAAACACACCGGCCAGCCCCACGCUCGCUCGGGCCCAGAGGGAGCUGAAGUUCAGGGCCGGCUCCGAGGUCCCGCGCUGCCAGCUUUCUCGUUUCCCCUUUGCCGCUCCCGCUCCCGCAUCUUGGACAUGCCAGGAUUAAAAAGGAUACUCACCGUUACCAUUCUGGCUCUCUGUCUUCCGAGUCCCGGGAAUGCACAGCAACAAUGCACUAACGGUUUCGAUCUGGACCGCUCGUCAGGACAGUGUUUAGACAUUGAUGAAUGCCGGACCAUCCCUGAGGCCUGCCGAGGAGACAUGAUGUGUGUUAACCAAAAUGGCGGGUAUUUAUGCAUCCCCCGAACAAACCCAGUGUACCGAGGGCCCUACUCGAACCCCUACUCGAACCCCUACUCAGGUCCGUACCCAGCAGCGGCCCCACCGCUAUCAGCUCCAAACUACCCCACGAUUUCGAGGCCUCUCAUAUGCCGCUUUGGAUACCAGAUGGAUGAAAGCAACCAGUGUGUGGAUGUGGACGAGUGUGCAACGGAUUCUCACCAGUGCAAUCCUACCCAGAUUUGCAUCAACACCGAAGGAGGGUAUACCUGCUCCUGCACCGAUGGCUAUUGGCUUCUGGAAGGCCAGUGCUUAGACAUUGAUGAAUGUCGCUAUGGCUACUGCCAGCAACUGUGUGCGAACGUUCCUGGAUCCUAUUCCUGCACCUGCAACCCCGGUUUUACCCUCAAUGAGGAUGGAAGGUCUUGCCAAGAUGUGAACGAGUGUGCAACUGAGAACCCAUGCGUGCAAACUUGUGUCAACACCUAUGGCUCUUUUAUCUGCCGCUGUGACCCAGGAUAUGAGCUUGAGGAUGACGGUGUUCAUUGCAGUGACAUGGACGAAUGCAGCUUCUCUGAGUUCCUCUGCCAGCAUGAGUGUGUGAAUCAGCCCGGCACGUACUUCUGCUCCUGUCCCCCCGGUUACAUUCUGUUGGAUGACAACCGGAGUUGCCAGGAUAUCAACGAGUGCGAGCACAGAAACCACACGUGUAACCUGCAGCAAACUUGCUACAAUCUGCAAGGGGGCUUCAAGUGCAUUGACCCCAUCCGCUGUGAGGAGCCUUAUCUUCGGAUCAGCGAUAACCGCUGUAUGUGUCCCGCUGAGAAUCCUGGCUGCAGAGACCAGCCCUUUACCAUCUUGUACCGGGAUAUGGAUGUGGUAUCGGGACGCUCCGUUCCUGCUGACAUCUUCCAAAUGCAAGCAACGACCCGCUACCCUGGGGCUUAUUACAUUUUCCAGAUCAAGUCUGGGAAUGAGGGCCGAGAAUUCUAUAUGCGGGACCCUCGUCAGUGCAAUGAGAAGUUAGGCCAAGAUGCAGUCUUCCAUCGUUUUCCUGCCUGGAGGAGUCACUCACAUAGCCAGUUAUCCAUCCACUCAUCUGAAGGUAUUUAUUACCUACUUCGCACUUCCAGAAACCGAGAAUAUAGCAGUGAGCACAGCAUCCCCAGAUCUCUGCCCUCCCGGCACUUAUGUUGUGGUGAAUAUGAAAGCGUGCCUCACGGAAGUGGGCCCCACCUGUGUUGUGCAACUGUGGCUCUUUACAUUUAAAUGAAUUAUGAUGAAAUAAGAUUAAAAAGUAGCACAAGCCACAUUUCAAGGGCUCAGUGGUCACCUGUGACUGCUGUAUUGGCUCGGAUAGAGAACCUUUCCAUCAUCGUAGAAAGUUUGAUUGGAUAGCACUGACUUAGCCACAUCAGGAGAAAAUUUUAGAAUACACAUCCUAAACUGUAUUUGCCCCUUCUUUUUUGAAGUUCAUUAUUUUGAGAGAGAGCACAAGCUCGAGCCGGGGAGGGGUAGAGAAAGCAUCCCGAGCGGGCUCCACGCGGCCAGCACAGGACCCGACGUGGGUCUCAAACUCACGCACUGCGAAAUCAUGACCUGAGCCACCGUCGAGAGUCAGACGCUCACCUGACUGAGCCACCCAGGCGCCCCUCACUUCUGUGCUAUACACGUAUAAUCCCACACCCUUGUGUUAUUGCACUUUAUGUCCUGCAGCCCUGGGGUGAAUGUACCUCUUUGGAUACCCCCGGUUCAGAGCAAUGUUUUUUACAUUUCAGUGUGAACGUGGGCACUUGUCCAAAAAGUGGAUUCCAGAGCUUCCUCUCCGGAGAAUCUCUCUCAGAAGACCGUGGUGGAGGCCUAGGGUAUCCACUUCCUGUGGUUACUAUGACAAAGGACUCCAACUCGGUGGCUUAACCCAACAGAAAUUUAUUUUCACAGGGUCCUGGGAGCCAGAAGCCUGUAAUCACAUUCACUGAGUGGAAACCAAGGUGCCACAGAGCCAUCUCCCCUCCAGGGGAGAAGCCAUUCCUUGCUUCCACCAGCUCCCAGCACCUGCCAGCAUUUCCUGACUUGUGGCCACGUCACUUUAGUCUCUGCCUCCAGUGGUCACGCUGCCUCAGGUUCUGUGGGUGUCAACCCUCCCUGUCUCGCUCUGUGUGUCACAUGUGAUCGGAUUUAAGGCCAGCCCACAUAAUCCAGGAUAAUCUCCCCACGGCAAGAUCCUUAACUUAAUCUCCUCAGCAAAGGUCCCUCUUCCUUAUAAGGUAACAAGUACAGGUUCCAGGGAUUGGGGCCCGAUACCUUUGGGAGCCUUCAGCCCACUAUGCCCAGGAAUCUGCAUUUCUAACAAAUGCAGCUUGUGGUCCUCCAGGGGCAUCGUGGGGGAGCUACGGGCCCAUGGAAGUUUACCCACUUUGAAGGGAGCCGGUCGCAGUCCUGUGAAAGGACCCUGUAUCUGAGGUCUCUACCUCCCUCUCCCUAUCUCCUGGCCGAACCUUCCAGUCCUUGCUUCUGGGGCUGGGACUGUCUAAAAACAGGGACGUCUCAGAAGCAGCGGUGAGAACAGUUUAGAAAAGGUUCCAGGGGCUGGUAUCAUGCCUGUAUCCUCACUGAUAGUUUUUGGCAAGACCCCAGGGGGACCGGGUCACAUGUGUAACACAGUCAGCGGAGCCAGCAUCUGUAGGCCAGUGCAACAGGGUCAGAGGCUUUGGAAAAAGAUGGACUGAGUUGAAGGCAGAGGAACUUCUGUGAGAUGAGAAAGGCAGAGCUGUGUUUAUGUCUGUCCUUUCUCCGCUAUCCAGCAGAAACCCACAUCUGUGAGCUGCUGUGGCCUUGCUGCCCUCGGGAGCACAAGCCUAGCCCAGCGGCCUCCUGCAGUUUGGCCUCUGUCAUUUGUACAGACAUAGCGGGUCCCAAUCAUAGGGCACAGAGAUGCCCCUUUGGGGGAUUUAAAAUUCCAUCACUGAUGCCACCUGCCUCGCGUUUUUCCUUUUCCCACGCAGAAAACAAGAUCCUCAGAAGGUGGCCUUGCCUGGGUGAGGUGUCGCUCACUGGAACACCACCUGCUAAAAUCCCUAUAGACCCAAAUGUUCCCCGGGUGGCUGGCUUGUAAAAGCCAGUGAUGGCGGGGGAAGAAGAUUGUCCUACAGGUGGCAUGGACGGGAGGGAGGAUCCUUCCUGGAGGCUUCCUCUGGGACUCAGGUUGACACAGCCCCUGGGGGACCCUUGAAACGCACAAAGCCGAGCUGUAUGCUUGCGCCCUCUCAGGACAUUGAGUUGGGCCCUAAUUCUUUACUAUUUAUUCAGAAGAGGAUGUCAGGACUCUGAGGCUGAAGGAACUUAGGGACAGGGAGGUGGCUCCUGGCAUCUCUCCUGGCUGCACCCGGGAAGAGAAGACAGGUUCCGUCUGGGUGCCCUGUGAAGCCAUGGGCAUGAGGCAGGAAGACAAGGAGAAAUCUGCUGGACAAGGUGGGCCUUCCACACGUCCAGCUUCCAAGGCACGGCCCCAUCAUCAGGAGGCCGCACAUCGUUGUUCUCUGUGGGCUCCAGGGCCAGGCUGGUCCACUUCAUUCAGGUUCUACAACUCACCAACUCACCAGCUGUGUGGCCUUGGGCCCAUUACCUAACCUCUCUGGGCCUCAAUUUCCACAUAGGUAAAGAGGGGAUAAUAAUAGUAUUUACCUUGGGAUUAGAUGAGAUCAUCUGCUUAGCUCAGUGCCUGGAACACAGAAUGACUGUUUUGAUCAAACAGGUAGGAUUUGGCAGAGGUGAAACAUUCAGUAACCUUUUUCUCACCUUGCUGGCUCCAACCUGUGCACACCUGGGUGAUAUCUAGGUUAAUCCCUCGGACUGACAGGUUCUUUGAGUUACUAUUGAAUUGUCUCCUUCUCAUAUCAAGUCUAAUAAGCUGGUUUCAGUGGAAACGUCCACCU